AUGCUGCAGAGAUCGACAGCUUUCGGUUUUCCGAGAGAGCUUUCUUCUUCUUCCUUUCGUCAUUAUCAUGGCCGGCAUCAUUAUCACGGAUAUUCUCAUGCCUUGAAAAUUUUGGGCAUUGUGGUAGUGUUGUUGUUGGGUUUGUUAGCCAAUCCAUAUAGUUUUGUUUUCGGAACGAAGCACCGAUCAAAUACUUCAUCAUCGGCUUGGUAUGAUGAAUAUAUUAGUAUCACAAAAUCACUCGAUUCAAAAUAUUUAAUUUAUCAUUUUUCAAUGAACCAAUUUCAUCAUCGUCAGGAUGACGAACCAAUUCAUAUAUCAUUCUCUCAAUCUAAUUUAUAUCCCUAUAUUUUAGACAAGUAUGAUUUGGAGCAUCUACAAGUCACAAUGACAAGAGGUAGAUAUCACUAUCGGGAUUGGGGGUUACUGAAAAAAAAGAAUUCACCCGAUCGUGAUAGUGAAAAUAAUAACAGCGAGUCACAAUUCAUUUCAAUGCCACCAAGCGGAUUGACUGUAAAAGCUCAAUUUAACAAUUCCAACCAAACCACUAUUAGCAAUAUCAAACACAAAUGGGAUUACCUUGUCAAUGAAUUGAGUGGUCUCUUUUGUGCUAGUAUUAAUUUUUUAACAUUUGACACUCGAAGAGUUUACGACAGUGGAAUUGUCAACUUUAUGAAUCAUCAUCUUGAGAACAGUGAUCAUUCUACAACAACGACUAUCUAUGGAACACUGAGUGAAGAGACUGUGUGUACAGAAAAUUUGACACCUUUCAAAUCUAUUUUGCCAUAUAGAGGAAAUAGAGGUAUUAGUGCUCUAUUAAUUCCUAAAUUAUUAUUCGAUAGUGAUUAUGUUAGCCUGGUGUUGGAUAUUACAAGAAAGGGCAUAUUCAUGAAUGUGUUUCGAGUGAUCAAAUACAAUGAAGGAAACGAAUAUGAAAACUACAAGUUCAUUACCUUUAAAAAGAACAAAUUACACAUACCUUAUGGAAAUAGUUAUAUUUUUGUAAACAGUGCCGACAACGAGUUGCAAGAUGCAAAGACUGUUGCCACAACGAAUUCUAUGGCUGAUCGUUCAAUUUCUACAAGCACCGCUACUGCUACUACUAACUAUUUAUUGAAACAGAUUCUGAAUGCAAUGAAUGACACUAAGAGUGAACAUGCACAUCCUCUUAAUCUCAAUGUUUAUGAUGUCAGAAAUAUUAAGAGUGGUUUUGAACAAGUUGUUCCCUCUCGUGUUCACAUUAUGAGAUAUCAGCUUGACAACAAACUCAUUACAAACAUUGAAAUAUUCAAUACAAGUGGCUCUGCUUUGGACAAGGAAAAUUAUUGUCUCUACGAUGUCAUACCAUGGUACUUUAAAACCUUUAUACAUACUUUGGAGAUUAAUGGGCAGUCGAUUGAUCAAGCUCAUAAGCGUCACAUGAUUAAGAACAUGAGAAUUUUACCACAAAAAGAUAGAGUCAAUCCAUUGGUUAUGAAUUUAUGUUUUAAUUUGACAUCAUUCAUUAGUGAUAAGAAUAGCGGUGCUAAGAACGGCUUGUCAACCUCUAUACAGGUAUCCAUUAAGUUUGAAAAGACCUAUUUGAAAUAUACUGAACAUGCCCCUGAUGCGAAUCGAGGAUUUGACUUGUCGAGUGCUAUUGUGAUUCACUCCAAUUCUGACAAUCCCAAGGAUGUCUAUUUCUACUACAGCGAUAGCCUUCUCAUCAAUCUUCCCACACCUGAUUUCAGCAUGCCCUACAAUGUCAUUACACUGACGAGUACUGUGAUCGUUUUGUUCUAUGGAAGCAUGUUCAAUUUGAUGAUUCGAAGAUUCAAUGCAAAGUAUGAAGAAGAACACAGCAAAUCAUUACUGGAUCGAUUGUUGGGAACUAUCUUCAGGAAGAGAAACACCAGCAAUUAA